UUGGCCUUCGAAUUUACAAAAAUUAUUGCAUAAUUGCACACCUUUAAUCUCUUUAAGAAGCGUUUAUAUCCUCCCUCACUUCUGAAUUAUGGAAUCACACGACGACUUUGAAAUCGAUCUCGAUCUCGACCUCGACCUCGAAGCAACUCCUAAAAUGGCAGAUCUGGACCUGUCAGAUAGAGACCACGAGGAACUUUUGGCGUCACCGUCCAAACCCGAUACACAAGCACGCGGCACAAAUACGACCACGAUCCCUCUAAGUGAUAAGGAAUCUACCAUAAGACAGAGAUCACGUCAAGCCGAACGCGAGCCUCGCUUUGAUACGGAAGAGGAGCAUGAAGCCAGCUUGCGAUCAGAACUACAGAGUGUACGAAAUAUAAAUCAUGUGAUUGAAGGUGUGGUAGACAGCUUAGAACGAGCCAAGGGGAAUAUGGAGACCGUGGCUCGAACUGUCACUUCGGCCUCAGCAUUACUCAACACUUGGGUUCGCAUCUUGUCCCAGACAGAACACAAUCAGCGAUUGAUUCUCAAUCCGUCGUGGCAUGGAGCUACUCAGGACGUCGCCGACAUGGAAAAAGAAGCGAUCCUCAAGCGCCAAGCUGCCGAGAGAAAGGAGCAAGAAGAAAGGCAAAAGCGAGAAGCGGCCAUACGUGCAGCUGAAGAAGCGGAGAGGCGUAAAGCGGAAACUGCUUCACGAGGAGCAACCCGAGGCACAAGAUCAAGAGGGCGGGUCCUCGGCCGAGGAGCGAGCAUGCGGCCUUCUGCCGUGCCCGCGCCGACCAGAGUCCCCAGCCGGACUAACACCACCGCGGCGUCGCGGGCAGGAAGCAAUAUUGGCCGAGGGAUUGGCAGCACGAGAGGCCGAGUGCGCAGUGUACGUUAAACGGCGGCGAUCUUGUGGGCGUCGACCGAUUCUUGUCUACUGCUGUCGAGAUUCGGAUUCUUCCCAUUGUUCUUUCUCGGACUUGGCGGAACAAUACUAUGACCACUUGUUCAGUCAUCAUUAUCUACACUUUGCGAAAG